AAUUUUUUUGAUCUAUUUUCUACAUUUGCGCGUCCUGUUCCUGGUUCUUUGAAAUUGCCCGCCACCGAAAACCCCUUUCCACUAGCUCUUUCUUCGCUCUUGACCUCGGGCCUCCUACAGUGAGAAAACACUCUUCUCUUCAUUUCCAUUAUCUUAAAGGAUUUGAAGAGUUGCAAUUUUGCUAUCAUGGGUGAUUUGCCAAGGGAGGAUAUUCCAAAUACACUUCGGAUACUUGUUGCGACUGAUUGCCACCUGGGCUAUAUGGAGAAGGAUGAAAUACGUCGGCAUGAUUCUUUCCAGGCAUUUGAAGAGAUAUGUUCAAUAGCGGAACAAAAGCAGGUGGACUUCUUGCUCCUUGGUGGUGAUCUUUUCCAUGAAAAUAAGCCUUCAAGGUCAACCUUAGUCAAGGCAAUUGAGAUUCUCCGUCGUCAUUGUCUCAAUGAUAGACCUGUGCAGUUUCAAGUUGUUAGCGACCAGACUGUAAAUUUUGCAAACUCAUUUGGCCAUGUAAAUUAUGAAGAUGCCCACUUCAAUGUUGGUUUGCCAGUGUUCAGCAUCCAUGGAAAUCAUGAUGAUCCUGCUGGAGUGGACAACCUUUCAGCAGUUGACAUUCUUUCAGCAUGCAAUCUUGUGAACUAUUUUGGGAAAAUGGUUCUUGAGGGUUCCAGUGUUGGUCAGAUCACACUCUACCCUAUCCUUAUUAGGAAGGGUUCGACAGCUGUGGCUCUCUAUGGCCUUGGGAAUAUUAGGGAUGAACGACUCAAUAGGAUGUUUCAGACACCACAUGCUGUCCAAUGGAUGAGACCUGAAUCUCAAGAAGGGUGUCAACUAUCUGACUGGUUCAACAUUCUGGUACUUCAUCAGAACAGAGUGAAGACAAAUCCAAAAAAUGCAAUAAAUGAGCAUUUUCUACCAAGAUUCUUGGACUUCAUAGUGUGGGGACAUGAACAUGAAUGUCUUAUUGAUCCUCAGGAAGUUCCUGGGAUGGGAUUUCAUAUCACUCAACCUGGUUCUUCAGUUGCAACAUCAUUAAUUGAUGGAGAAUCAAAGCCAAAGCAUGUGCUGCUUCUAGAAAUUAAGGGAAAUCAAUAUCGCCCAACCAAAAUACCUUUGACUUCAGUGAGGCCUUUUGAGUAUGCAGAGGUUGUGUUAAAGGAUGAAACCAACAUUGAUCCCAAUGAUCAGAGCUCAAUUCUUGAACAUUUGGAUAAAGUGGUUAGUGAUUUGAUAGAGAAAUCUAAUAGCAAGGCAGUCAGCAGAUCAGGACUUAAGCUUCCAUUAGUUCGAGUAAAGGUGGAUUACUCUGGAUUUAUGACAAUAAAUCCUCAGCGAUUUGGACAGAAGUAUGUGGGGAAGGUUGCAAAUCCUCAAGAUAUUCUUAUAUUCUCUAAGGCUUCUAGGAAGGGUCAGAACCAAGCUAAAUUUGAUGAUUCGGAGCGCUUUCGCCCAGAAGAGCUUAAUCAACAAAACAUAGAAGCUCUGGUCGCUGAAAGCAACUUGAAAAUGGAAAUUCUUCCAGUGAAUGAUUUGGAUGUUGCACUACACAAUUUUAUUCAUAAAGAUGACAAAAUGGCAUUCUAUUCCUGCGUGCAAUAUAAUCUUCAAGAAACACGUAAAAAAAUUGCAAAGGAGUCAGAUAUUUUAAAGUUUGAAGAGGAGGACAUAAUUCUUAAAGUUGGAGAAUGUUUGGAGGAACAUGUCAAGGAAAGGUCUAUGCGCUCUAAGGAUGCUCCACAAUUCACAUCUAGUGCACAUUCAACAGAGGACUUCAGAAGCAAAGGUGCUGCAGGAAUUGGAUCUGCAAUUUCUUUUAGUGAUGAGGAAGAGGGAGAACAGAUAUCUGGUUCAAAGGCCUCUAGUAGAAACCAGAAAAGUUCAAGAGCAGUUUCUAGAUCUUCUCAUGAUGCUUCAGAAGCUAGUAAAGGGGGAGGUUCAAGAGGAAGGGGUAGGGGCAGAGGCAGAGGCAGAGGCAGAGGCUCAAGUAACUUGAAACAGACAACUCUCGAUGCAACUCUUGGGUUUCGCCAGUCUCUAAGAUUAGAGUCAGUUUCCACAGCAGCUGUUAGAAAUAUUGCUGAUGAGGAGAAUGUGGAUUCUGCUUCUAGUGAAGAUGCUGCAGAUAAUAAAAUCAAUGUGGUUGAGGAGAGUUCGGAUGAUGGUGAAAGUGUUCAAGGCAAAGGGCGCAAGAGAGCUGCUCCUAGGGGAAGAGGUAGAGGUGCCACACCUUCAAAGCGAGGAAGGAAAUCAGAUAAAACAGCAAUUCAGAGAAUACUUAUGGGGAAGGAUGAUGACGAUGACGAUGACGAAGAUGUGGCAAAAAGAUUUAAUAAGUCUCAACCUCGGGUUGGUAACAAGGAAUUAUGGAGCUUUAAGGAGGCAAGGAUAAAUGAGGUUCAACAACCCUAUUGCAAAUCCCGGUCAAGUGCCUGGUUUGUUGCUCUGACACAUCAAGGAGUUCCAUUAGGUGCAUAUCGUCAUGCAAAGGUUGUAGGAAAAUUUUAUAGAAGAGGAAACAUAGGCACAACAUUUUUCUUCAAUGUAACACUGAAAUUUUGCUGGACGUAGUGUGCACUAAGUGCUGCUUGCUUUAUGUUUACUUUUGAGGGAUGGAUGAAUGCCGCUUUAUGAUGAUUAUUUAUCAUGUACAGAUGUGAGUUUGUAUAGCACUGACACAUGAGGGAUCAUAUAUCUAAUAUGAUGCACUUGCUCAUCUGAUUUCAGCGUAAUCGAGGGGGCCCUUGUGCCUAUGCUGCGACUUCUAUGUAGAUACAGUUUGCAUUGCUACUAGGUAACUAUGUUAAGUAAAUUGGUCAUCUAAAUGCAAAGUCUAUGUGAUUACACUCUUGAAGGUUUUUACUUGUAA